UUUCUCCCUUGGAAGAGUUUUGGAGAAGCUCCGUUAGAUUUUCAGAGAAAGGGGAUUCGAGCUCAAGAGCGAGGAAAACGAGGGGGACACGAAACCUCAACCCCCUUUCUCCUGUUUUUGUCUCCUCGCGUGAAAGAAAAACGAAAAAAGGACGCAGGUCUUCACUGUUUUGUUUCCUUCCCAGCCAGAGAGGACUUACACCAUCAGGGGCGAUGAGAUGUGAGUGAGCUAUGCCUUGUGGAAAUGGACAGACUUUAUCCAAGCGAAAACAUGGCGUCUGCGCACCGAGGUUCAGCUUCUUCUCCAGCCUGCUUGUGGCGCUCUGCUGCCUGGAGGUAUGGGGCUCCGGGCCGCAGGGGGACGGCGGCAGGAGCUGCAGCCCCUGUCCCGUUAACUGCAGCUGCGCGCUGGCGGCAGGACAACCGCAGCAGCCGCCGCCGUCGUCUUGCGUUGUCAACUGCUCCAACGUCGGGCUGGAGAGGGCCCCAGCUGCGGCGGACAUCCCGCUGGCCACCAGCGUGCUAGAUCUUUCCAAGAACCACAUCUCCUCCCUUGAUACCAGCCUGUUAGAUCGCCUCACCGGCCUCCGAGAGCUGUAUCUUCAAGGGAAUCGGAUCAAUGUUCUCCCCAGAGGGAUAUUCUGCUGUGGGCCACUGUCAGUUGUAGAUUUGAGCAACAACCAAAUCACCACCAUCGAAGAGAGAAUCUGUGACAACCUAUGCAAUUUGACUCAAAUCGACCUGAGCGGCAACCCCUUUGACUGUGACUGUAAGCUGUUCAGAUUGGUCAGCUGGCUCCAGGAGAAAGGCGUGCGGGUUCGGCGACCGGACGCCAUGCUCUGCAGCCAUCCUCCUGAACUCCGUCACCAGCCGCUGCUCAACGUCAGCCUGCUCACCUGUGGUCUGAACUACGCAGCAUGUCUUGAAGACAGCAGCAGUGUAGGAGGGGGGCGGAGUGAGCUUGUUAUCUUCUCUUCCUCCACACCGGGAAACUUCACACGCGAGCAGUGUAACAGUGUGUGCUUUGCCGCAUCACACCGCUACGGUGGCCUGGGGGCAAGACAAGAGUGUCUCUGCAGCACAAACUCGGAGCCCAACUUCAUCAGUGAAUCUCAGUGUUCUGCCGCCUGCACUAACCCCCACGUUAUGAAGGAAUGUGGGUGGACUCUGGCUCACGAUGUCUUUGCGGUGGACUUCUCCAUCUCACUGAAGCCUCUCCCGCUGCAAAGUGUCCUUGACCCCAUCACUCUGGCAGCCGUCUCCUCUGUUACUCCGGUGACGCUGUCCUGGGACUUUGGUGAUCUUUCAUCGCGGGUCAACACUACAGGAACCGGCCUGACCACAGCGACUCAUAAAUACGGGCUUCCCGGACAAUAUGCCGUCAGCGUGAUGGCCUGGGCUGGGAACAAGGAGGUUUCUGCGCGUAAAGAAGUGACGGUGACGGUUCCUCCCAAGCUGGAGCUGCGUUGUCCGUCUCUUGUUGUGGCCAAUAAGAGCUUAGAGUUCACACUUGUCAGCUGGGGGGCCAUUGGUGUGGACGUAAACUGGAAGAUCACAAACGAUGGCGUCCAGGUUGCUAAAGCCUCCCCUCACUGUCCAAAAGAUGGGGUGUACCACGCCGAGUCCUCACGCUGUUUCCAGAUAGUUCCAGGGGAGUUGAGUUGGAGCGAUGCUCGACAACAAUGUUCAGACCGUGGCGGGGAUUUGGCGAUAGUCAGGAGUGAUGCUCUGUGUAACCUGCUGGCACCCAAAGUCACACAGGAACGAGGUGUGUGGCUGGGCUUGAGUGAUGUUAACUCUCCAGGAAAGCUGCACUGGGUGAACGGCUCUGACGCACAGGAUGGGGAGGAGGGCCCGUCGCCUCGUUCCCCGAUCCCCCGUGGAAACGUGUGCGUGUCCCUCAAUCAGCAUGGUCAGACGAGUUCACACCCAUGCACUGCCAAGCGUGCCUUUGUCUGCCAAUACAGUCCUCAGGUGCGUGUGCCAGAUGCAGGGAUCUAUAUGGUGGGGCUGCCUGUGUUUGCCUCCCACAAUCCUUUGCAGCGCGCCCCAACUUCUCCACUCACUGCUCCACGACCUCCCAGCAGUGGCAUAGAGGUGCUGCUGUUCCCAGCGCUUAGCUUUGUACAGGCAGGUCGUCUGUCCUCCCUGGAGUUUCUCACUCAGGAACUGGGCUCACAAAUCCAUGUGCGAUUCCAGCUGUACAGGCCACAUUGUCACCAUCCAGGCCGGCACCUGCUGCUGCCCAGUUGUGGAGGACCAGCGUGUGCUCCAGUGGCCGUUUGUGUCCCAAACAACACAAAGACUAGUGAUCCGCCCUCUUGUCCUCCGCUGGAGCAGUGGUGUCCCUUCCAGCACCGGUGCUUGGCUCUGUCUAGUCCCUGCCAACCAUCGUCCUGUCCAAACUGCACCCAGACUCACCGCCUGCCCCCUGGGGCACUGAGGCCCCGCUACACUCUGCAAAAUGAGGUGGUCUUCACUCUACCUGCGGGACCAGCUGCACAUGUAGUGGUACAAGAACGGUUGGAGGACCUCCUGGUUUCGCGCGGUGACGUCAUCGCGCUGCAGCACGACGCUGGCCCCGAGUCUUUACUCCGCUGCCAGUCCUCCUCACACUCACUGUGGCGACAACCUGUUUUAGUCCUCAACCAGUCGGAGUGGUUCUGGAACAACAACACCAGACUGUCGGCGGAUAGAUGGGCUGAACCUGAUGCUGACCCUCUGCCUGACCCAGAGCUGGACGUGGAGAUGCUGGUACAGGACGGUGAGGGCGGCUGGCUGGAGGACGCGGUCUGCCCUGUCCGAUUGCUCUAUGCGGGACACAGUGAGACCCAGCUGCAGGGAGCACAACUGUCUGCUGGUUUACCCCAGCCUGGACUGUACAGCCUGCUGGUGACCUCUGCGGAGCCGUCAUACCCGGCCUCAGCCACAUGCCCACUGCGCGUGGUGCCCCCUCUGGGCUUGACAGUCCUCCACCCGACUCCCCAGAAUGGCACCUUCUACCUGCAGCCCAACGACACCCGCCUGCUUCUCCGUGUCCAGUCUUGCUACGUAACCCACGUGUCGCCGCGAGGCAAUAAUCACAGCGUCGUGUUCCAGCCAGAAUGUCCGUCGGAGUUCUCGUCCAACUUGGCAAUCUGUCAGCCCGCGCCAAGCUCGGGGACGGGGGUCAAGGUCACCGAGCCCAGUCUGUAUGCAGUGCUGGAUCUGAACCUGGGAGGUCAGGAACAAGAGAGUCCAGUACAGGUGGAGUUGGAGGCCUUCAAUAAUGUCACCGAAGCCAGACUGGUCAUGUCUGUCCACUUGGAAGUGCCCCUCAGAGGACUGGUGGUGCAGCCACACCCUGCACACAGAGUGCUGAUGGAGUCUGUCGUGAGCUACACAGCAUCCGUCCUCGAAGGCUCCAGUCCCACAUUUAAGUGGACAGUGGACGACAAACCCCACUUCACCUACUACAACACGGUUCUCAAUGUCAUCUAUCAGCAUGCCGCGGUCUACAAGCUCACGGUGACAGCCAUGAACCAUGUCAGCACCCUCACAGAGUAUUUCAACGUGACAGUGGACCGCCUGCAGCCCAUGGCCAACUUGACUGUGAGGGGUGUGCCAGAUGUGGUCCCACAGGGCUCCACACAGACUCUCACCACGUCUGUGCUGGUAGACAUGUCUGUGGACGCCACCUUCCGAUGGUUUUUCGGUGACAAUGGAUAUAAGGAGUUUGAGUACAAGCCUCCCUAUGAUCCUGCCCUCCUCUGCGCAGACUCCCCUAAUCAGGUCCUGCUAAGCAACAAUGUCACCUACAUCUACUCUCAGCCAGGAAUAUACACUGCAGUGGUGUCAGUGUCCAAUCGCUAUGACAAUGUCAGCCGGAGCAUAAACAUGAGCGUCUACAGCAUCCUCACUCGUGUUGAUAUACAAACAGAGCCACAACUCCUGCUCACUGGGGAAUCCGCUGAUUUUGAGGCUCACCCUCUGCCCUCGCCCUAUGGAAUUCACUAUGACUGGCACUUUGGCGAUGUCUCUGCCCCGUUGCAGGGUCGCCGUGUGGCACACACCUGUGCACAGAGUGGCGUCUUUAAUGUCUGUGUCUCGGUUAACAACACCAUCAGUUCCGUGGAGGCUUGCGCUGAGAUGUUUGUGUAUGAGAAGAUUGGAGGUCUGUGUGCUGAAAGUUCCUCCCCCACCGAGCUUCAUAGUCCUACGACUGUGAGGGCUCGAUUUGCUUCGGGCAAUAACAUAACAUGGACCUUUUCCAUGGGCGACGGAAAUGUCUUCUCUACACCUGAACCUCAUGUGACGCACAGCUACACUAAAGAGGGUAACUACACGGUGAAUGUAACGGCCAGCAAUGCUGUGAGCUUUGCUUCGACAGUCCUGUCAGUGCAGGUGUUUGUCUUCCAAGUUAUGAGGAUGGAGCCAUCCGGGUGUGUCCAGGAGCAGACCCCUGUCAACUUUAAAGCCUGGGUUUCCGGUAAUGAAUCAGCUCAUUUUUAUGAAUGGUGCUUCGGGGACGGAAGCCCCAAUGAGACACACCACGGCAACCCCACAGUGUCACACACCUACGUGGCAAGUGGGAACUAUCCCCUCUCCUUGCUUCUCUCUAGCGGGGUCAACAGGGCCACCAAGGUGAACUUCUUCAACUGGGUGUGUGUGCAGCCAGCUUUGACCAACAUAAGUAUUACCCUUGAGAAAUCCCAUUACGCCAUUGGAGAGGAGGUCCUGUUCCAGGUCGGUGCUGCGCCGGAGUUCAACUACAGCUAUCACUGGGACUUUGGUAGAGAGGAAGAACUUGUGCUCGUCCAUGGCUCUGGGAAUAUUGUGACAAUGUAUGAAACCCCAGGCCAUUACAUGGUGACAGUCACUGUCUCCAAUAACAUCUCCACAAGUAAUGCUAGUGUUUUGGUUGAGGUUCUGAUGUCUGUAGGACCAAUUAUUAUUCAGCAUAAUGGCACUAAAUACAACAACCUGACACUUAAAGCACCAUAUGCUUUUACAACUUCUUCCAUGGCCUCCAAUGUCAAUUAUAGCUGGGACUUUGGAGAUGGAAAUGUGUUAGCAGGCCAGAAUAUUUACCACACCUACAGUAUCUCAGGCCACUACAAUAUCACACUAACAGCAGCUAACACAGUCAGCAGGAAUCACACUACUUUACCUGUUGCUGUGCUCGCACCAAUCCGCGGGUUGACUGUCAACUCCAGCCUGAUAAAUGUUCCUCUCAAUGCCUCGGUUCAUUUUGAAGCUCAAAUGGAGGCAGGAGAUGGUGUUCGGUUCUCUUGGAUCUUGUGUGACCGCUGUACCUCAAUACCCGGGUCCCACACCAUGUUCUACACUUUCCGCUCUGUUGGCACUUUCAACAUCAUUGUGACUGCGGAGAACGAUGUCGGAACAUCACAAGCUAGUAUCUUUCUGUUUGUCCAACGCGAGCUGGAGGGUCUGCAGAUUCUAGCAGCGGAGGAGGUCACAGGAAGUGGAGGCACACAUCUGGACACAUGUUGCUUUGCGACAAACCACAUUCUCCACCUUCAAGCAGGCUUAAAGGAAGGAACCAACAUGACAUUUACCUGGAACCUCAUCAGAGAGCCGGACCAAGACAGCUCAAGCUUCAACAUAAGCGGAAAGAGUGUGGAGGUGAAUUACUCCAAGCCGGGUCCAUGUGAAGUCUUUCUUCGUGCCGUCAACCUUCUGGGUCAGCUGUCUGUCAAUAGAACCAUUUACUUCUUGGAACCAGCCAGAGGUGUGUACCUGCAGGUCAGCAAGAACCCGGUCGCAGUCAGUUCUCCAACAAACCUGACAGUCUUGACUAUGGAGGGCUCAGACCUGCAGUACCGCUGGUCUGUGAAUGGCGAUACACUGCAAUGGAACAAUCCCUGGAAAACCCACACCUUCAUCAGUCCGGGCCAAAAACUAGUUGCUGUGGAGGUCUUCAAUGAAGUUAGCUCCAAAGUUGUGUCGGAAAUACUAAGUGUCCAGGAAGUCAUCUCUGGACUAAGAUUCACAGCCACCGAUGUGACCGAGCAGAGUUACGUGGCAACAGGUACCAACAUCACGCUCCAGGGUGAUGUGCUGACAGGAACCAAUGUGACAUGGACGUGGCUGUUAGAUGGAAGAACAGACAUUGGAAGGAGAACCUCUCUGAUUUUCAAGGAGCCAAAGACAGCCGUUGUUGUUUUAAAUGCCACCAAUGAUGUCAGUGGGCAAGUGUAUUCCAGGGAGUACUUUGCUCAGGACAAGAUCCAAGGCUUGGAGCUGAAGGCCAGCACAAAGAUUGCGGCAGUGGGCCAAAAGGUGGAGUUCACCAUUUCCAUGGCAGCUGGCUCGGACGUCAAUCUGAUUCUCAGCAUCAGCGGAGAUGCCACUGUUAUCACACAGCUCAACCAAACCUAUGUCCACGUGUUCAGCAGGGUGGAUACAUACAUGGUGAAUCUCACCGCUCACAACCAGGUGAGUUCUAAGAGGCGGCACCUCCAGGUUGAGGUGAUGGAGCCGGUUCGUGGACUCUCCAUCCUGGGCAGCUGUGCAGCGAUCCCUGUCGGUGUGAAGAGAUUGUUUGUGGCCAACAUUUUGACAGGCAAACCUGUCCAUUUCCUGUGGACUUUUGAUCUCUACCACCUCCACCAGAAACCACACAUUGGCAAAGAGGUGUCAUACACUCCAGAAGAGGCCGGCUUAUUGACCAUCUACCUGAAGGCCCUCAACGCCCUGCACGCCCAAAACAUCACCAAGCACAUCCUCGUGCAGAACCUGCUGAAGGCUGCCAUCCUGUACGCAGCACCUCAGGACACUUUCAUCAAAAAGACGAUAACCCUGACGGCCUCCAUCACACCCAGGUCUAACCCCGUGGAGUGUCUGUGGGACUUUGGUGAUGGUUCUACUCAGGCUCACACCACCACCACAACUGUGGGUCAUGAGUACAACUACCCAGGACACUACCUGGUCCAAGUGAACUGCAGUAACAUGGUGAGCUGGGUCUUGGCCCAGGUGGAGGUCAGCGUCAGUGUAUUAGAGUGUGAGGAACCAGAAGUGCAGGUGGUUCAAGCCCCCCGCCUGGCCAUCUGGCGCUCGCAGCCCGCUAUAAUGGAGGCCAGUGUUGAUCUGAAAGGCUGCGAACGCUACGGAGCUCAAUAUCUGUGGCAGAUACUCUCAGCACCCUCCUGUGAUAAUGACAAAGAUGACCGGAAUCCCUCUGGAGCGGUGACUCAGCCCUCUCAGUCUUUGCCGGUCCCAGUAAUUCACCUUCCAACGGAGGUAGAUGUGCGUCGCGUGGAGCUGUCGUUGCCUAAGAUGUCUCUGGCGACAGGAAACUACAGCUUGGUGUUUUCGCUGUCAUAUGAAGGCGUGCCGCUGAGAAAGGCUGCCUGUCUGCAUCUGAGCGUCAUGGCUGCCAGGCUAAUGCCCAUCAUAGAAGGGGGCACAUACAGGGUGUGUUCAAGAACGCAGGACCUGCAGCUAAGUGCGGAGCAGUCGUACGACCCCAAUAUGGACCGGGACAGCCAGUCACUACUCCACUACCACUGGGAGUGUCAAAGCACCUCGAAGGGUCCAGAGCACUGCUCCACUUUGAACUUUGGCCUGGGUUCCAGUGGUCCAGUGCUAGGAAUCUCUGGUUCUGAGCUGGAGGCGGGCGUCGAAUACACAUUCAAACUGACCAUCAGCAAAGACGGCCUGGCGCCGGAGUCCACCACGCAGACUGUACUCGUCCAGAGUGGUCACAUACCCAUGGUGUAUCUGGAGUGUGUGUCCUGUAAGGCCCAGUCCAUCUACGUGGUCAGCCAGAACUCCUAUGUUUACCUCAAAGGGACCUGCACCAACUGCCAGGGCUCUCAUCGUGGGCGCUGGAGUGCCAUGACACUGCAGAACGAGACUCUCGUCCUGGACUCCUCCUCCACCACCACCGAGAGCGACGACAUGAAGUUGGUGCUAAGGCAGGGCGUCCUGCGCCACAUAGACUCCUACAUUUUCACGCUGUACGUGACCGACGACAGUCUGGACGGCGAGGGCGUCGCCUCCAUCACCUUGCACCGCAAUUUGCCCCCGGCCGGCGGGAAGUGUCACCUGAGAGGCGGAGGGGAAGCAGGAGUGGAGUAUGGCGAUGGUGAAGACUGGAGGGUGCGCACGUUGAUCGACCGCGUGCACUUCAACUGCUCAGGUUACAGUGAUCUGGGAGACUCAGAGACUCCGCUGCUGUACAGUCUGCUGGUGACGCGUUGCAAAGGAGCUUACUGCGAGGACUUCAGCGUGUACAGGGGCAGCAGUCCAGAGCACUCUGCCUUCCUGCCCCCAGGCUUCAGCUCAGCCCAGCAUCGCGUCGAAGUGUCCAUCACAGUGGAGGACCAUCAGGGAGCUGCUGACAUUGCACUGAAAAAACCCAUUGAAGUGGCGCUGCCAGAUCCCCCUCAGGGUUACAGCAGCCUCUCACACUGGCUGUCUCAUCUGACGGACAGCAAACUCAAAAAGCUGCUGGAGCAGGGAGACUCCCAGAGGGUCAGAGAGUUAUCACUGGCUCUCAUCACAGUUCUAAAUGAGUAUGAGCAGACCAGGGAAACGGUGCGAGUGUCCCGAAAUGAGCGCGGCUACCGCGUCAGAGUGCGCAGCAACAUCACUAGAGCUCUGACAUCUCUGGACCUGACCACUGUUAAUGACAUCCAGCAGACUUCAGCUGCUCUGGCACAGUGCACAGCGGUAAGCCGUGAGUUCAUCUGUGAGGAGUGUCAGAACAGCACACUCAACAAACUGGAGUCCAUGCUGGAGAUUUUGCAGACUGACACCAAGCAAGGCACUGUGACCCCAACUGAGAUAGCUGACAACAUCCUCAACAUCAUGGGUGAUCUGAUCCAUCAGGUGAGCCAGUCCGCCUCGCAGUCCUACUUCCAGCCCGCCUAUGUGGAUUCCCCCUCCCCUGCAUCUACGUCCUUGUCCGCCUCCGCUGGCGGAGACCAAGGAAGCAAUCAAUUAGACCCGUCACCCUCCACACUAGAGCCACAUCCUCUGCAAGUGGCAAUGAAGGCUUACAACCUGUCCUCAGUCCUCAUGCUGAUCCUCAUGCACGCCCGCGUGCUUAAUGAGGAGCCGCUGGUGCUCAAGGGAGCCGAGAUCGCUGCCACAGGAAAACUGGCAGAUCCCCAGAGUCUGCUCUGCUACGACAGCAACGACAGUCCAGCUUGUCAGCGUUUCUCCAUCCCACGAGCUUUUAACAACAGUCUUGGCAAAGCCGCCGCAGGAAACAGCAUCAUGCAACUACUGUUUCAGGUGGAGCCCAACCCUUUCCCUUUCAAUUAUGUUGCCAACUACACCGUCUCUACCGAGGUAACGUCCAUGGAGUUUCGCACUGAAAAUGGCACCCAGAUCCCAAUCUCAGGCCUGGACGACAGUCUAGCCAUUACCGUUGCCAUCAACAAUGGCACUAGUGCAGAUGCAGGUGUGGAGAGAGCCAGCAGUGGAGGGUUACCCACAGCCGGAGCCGUGAACAUCACCCACUGUGACUCCGUCAUCGUCAGGGUCAGCACAGGAAACGCCAACAGACAGGCGGGGCUGUUUGUGCAGCUCAACUUCACUUCUCUGGAGGAUGCCAGAGAGAAGGAGAACAGAGGAGACGCUGGAGAGGAGCCAUACAUCACAGCUUACCUUCAUUCCCAGGAAAGACCGAACGAGUUUAACUGCACGGACAAAAAGCGCAUCACACUUAGUAUGACUAGAGGGCAAGAUCUGGACCACAAGAAAUACACCUUCUUCCUGUCACCAGAAUCCUACGACACCACUCUGGACUACUUCAUCAACGUGAGUACGCCGUGCAGCCCAGACGCUCAGCCUGCAGGUGUGUGUUUGAAGGUGGGGGUCUUUGCCUCCCUGUGUCAGUACUUCAGCGAGAGCGAGAAACAGUGGCGGACAGACGGCAUGGUGCCCCUGGCAGAGACCAACGCCAGCAGGGCGGUCUGCCGCACAAGGCACCUCACCGCUUUUGCCGCAGGCCUGUUUGUACCGACCAACGCUGUCAGCUUUAAAGUGCCGGAGCGCUCCGGUCCACCGAGCCUGGUCGUGCUGUUGGUGUGUGUGCUGGGCUUGCUGAGCUACGUCGUGGCGGGAGCCAUUUUGCACAAGUUGGACCAGCUCGAUCUGCGACGGGCGGCCAUGGUUCCACUCUGUGGCCGCGACGGCCUCUUCAAAUACGAGGUUCAGGUCAAGACUGGCUGGAGUCGAGGGGCAGGCACCACAGCCCACGUGGGGAUUAGUCUGUACGGGCGUGAGAGCCGCAGUGGCCACCGCCAUCUCGACAGCAGAGGAGCGUUCUCACGCAACGCUCUCGAUAUCUUCCACGUUGCUACGGACAGCAGCCUGGGCAGUGUCUGGAAAAUACGAAUUUGGCAUGACAACAAGGGUCUGUCCCCGGCGUGGAUGCUGCAAUACGUCUUGGUGAAAGAUCUGCACACGGGGAGCAGCUACUACUUUCUGGUGGAGGAGUGGCUGUCGGUCGACAAUGACAAAACAGACGGACGCGUCGAGAUCGAGGUGGAGGCGUCAGAGGAGACGGCGCUCCUGCAGCUGCCCCGCCUCCUGUGGUGCGAGUCGCAGCGAGCGCUGUGCGAGAGUCACCUGUGGCUGUCGCUGUGGGAGAGACCCCCGCGCAGCCCCUUCACCCGCCUGCAGAGAGCCACCUGUUGCACUGUGCUACUGCAGCUCUUUCUGUUGGCCAACACACUGUGGUACAGCGUCGUGGUGGACAAGAGAUACAGCCCGCGGGCCGUGUCUCGGCUGUCUUCGUUAAACGGAGAGACGGUGGCGGUCGGCGUGGUGACCUGUCUGAUUGUCUACCCUGUGUACCUGCUCGUCUUCACGCUCUUCAGAAUGAGCCGCAGCAAGUGUGUGUCUGUGGAGCAGGUGCCACCACAAGUGGACCAAGAGUCUGUGGAGAUCGACGACUUCCUUGACAAUUCGGUCGCAGGAAGCUCCUUCCUCUUCUUUAAUGGCGAGACCAACUCGGAGGAAACCAAUGUCGAUCUCCCCACUCCGUCAACUAAAAGUGUGGACAGUUGGGCCAUGGCAGAGGAGGAGACGGAGGGAGACAGAGAUUGGCCGGAGUUGUUGAGUGACGCGUCCGUGGUGGGAGGGGCGGGGCACGGAGCGGGACUGCCCAGGCUGAAGAGGGGUCAGGGGAGCAGGCACCUGGGUGUCGACAUGACCUUUAACCCCGACGACGACGACGGAAAUGACCGACGCAAUAAAUGUUUCACCUCUUCAGGUAACAGCGGCCUCGACACUCAGGUGUCACAGAGUGCACACUGUCGACGCCAGGAAAUCUGUCUGACUCUCGCUGAUAACAUGGCUGCCACGAGGGACUUAAGGAAAGACACAUUUCAGCCACUUCGAGUGAAUUCAUUAACGUCCCGACCUUUGACACAGUUUCCAAAACCCUCUGGCCCGCAGGUUUUGUGCGAGGCCGUGUACUACGCGGUGUGCGUGCGCCGCCUGCGUCCAGAAGAGCAGGACGUGCUGGUGGAGUUCCCCCGUGUGGAGAGGGUGGUUCAGCGCGUCCCCAGAGUGAGACCACCACAGGGAUUUGCUCUGUCCCAAGCCAGGGACCAGGCCCGCAAGGUGCACAUGCUGCACACCAUGCUGAAGAAUUUCCUGGUUUAUAUGUUUUUCCUGUUGGUGGUUUUACUCCUGAACUACUCCGACUCGGCCAAAGACACACACGGGCUGAGACUGCGCACACAACUGCAACAGGCCCUACACACACCUGAGUAUCACAACAUCAGCAGCCGAGACAAUGUCUUGACAUGGCUAAAUGAGUCUCUGUUGCCGCGGUUACUGGACGACUCUGCCCUCUUGAGAGACACGGGGACUGUGUUACUCGGCACUCUGAGGCUGCGACAAAUCCACGACGCACGGGUUGCAGAUGGUGCCGGGGCAGUAGACGGCGUUUGGGCAAGGGGCCGCUUUAUCGCUCCUGACGCAAACCAGGUGUGGCAUGUGGGUCAAGUGAGGAUGUACAACAGAGGCGAGGCGGUCCACCAGCUGAACCGAAGCCUGGAGGAGGCCUUUUCCUCCUUACAGCAGCUGAAGCAGCUGCACUGGCUCGACUACAGGACCCGCGCCGUGUUUGUGGAGUUCUCGCUCUACAACGUCAACACAAACCUCCUGGCUGUCUUCUCCUUCCUGUUUGAGUUUCCGGUGUCGGAGCGCGCCCAGUCCAGUCUCGACCUGCGCGUCAUUACUCUGUGGCCAAUCACAGGCCUGGACCUGCAGCUCCUUCUCACGAUCAUCCUGUUCGCCCUGGUGCUGUACUUCCUGGUGCGCGGGGUCUUGGGCUUCGUCCGGGGAGGCUACAGGUACCUGCUGUCCGCCUGGAGACUCCUGGGCAUCUGUAAGCUGGCUCUGGCGGCGUCGGUGUGCGGGCUGCACCUGAGCUGCUGCGCCAUGGCCAAGCAGCAGUGGGCGUCGUACACGCAGCGCCCGAGGAACGCCUUCACGGACUUCCACCCGCUGGCCAGACAGACUCAAAUGUUCUCGGUCGCGUCGGCGAUGCUGUUGUUCGUACUGGUGCUCAAGGCUUCUCACCAGCUGCGCUUUCUCAGAGAGUGGGCUGUGUUUGGCAGAGCUCUGCGGCGUUCGGUGUGGGAGCUGCUGGGAGUCGCCCUGGCUUUACUGCUGUUGAUGCUGGCUUACUCACACACAGGACACCUGCUCUUCCACUCCGUAUUGGACGGCUACGGCAGUGUGAGCGCCACCUGUCUGUCUUUGCUUGGUGCUGGCGGGCGGGGCUUGUUGACCUGGCGUCCCGGCUGGACAUUUUCUGGUCCCUCCAGCACGGUCUCCUCGCUGGUGUUCCACACAAGCUUCGCCGUGCUUCGGCUGGUGCUGCUCUGGACAAUCACUUCCCUGCUGCUGAGGAACUACCGGCGCGCGCGGGCAGAGCUGUACCGACCGGCCGUGGACCUCCAAGACUACGAGAUGGUCGAGCUGUUCCUCAGGAGACUCAAAAUGUGGAUGGGUCUCAGCAGGGCCAAGGAGUUUCGUCACAAGGUGCGCUUUGAAGGCAUGGAGCUGCCACCAUCUCGCUCAUCCUCCACCAGCGACUGCAAGUCCCUGUGCCUGCCGCCGCUGGACGAUCCAGACUCUCCACCCACGCCAGACAGCGUCGACGCCGGUUCGGAGGCCUCGUGGCGCCCGGCCUCUUCCAGUCCCUGCAGUCUGACCGAAGCCCCGGGCAUCGGCCUGGGGCUCGGGUUAAGUCUGGGUUUGGGUCUGGGCCCCGGGGUAGUGGUGGGAGGUAUUAGCUGGAGGGAGAGGGCCGAGACCGAAGCCUCUCUCAGGAGACUUCUUCCUACUCUGGACGCUCUGCUGCAACAGCUUGAUCGUGUCACCAUGGCAACAGAGGAUCUGUACCACGUGGAGUGUAAACUGGAGCGCACCCAGAGGAAAAGGCGACACAGAGGGAGAGAGAAAGAAGGCGUUGGUCAAGAGAGGAGGAGCGAGGCAGGGCAGAGGAGCAAGUGUGAAGACAAGGACUCUGCCGGUUGGAGGGAGCGAAAGAGUGGAAAAGAAAAACACAAAGGGAGCAGGAAGGGCAAAAGGACAGAUAAAAGUGAACUUGUAAAGGACUGUGGAAACACCACUGCUAAUCCCAAAAAGACUCCUGUAGUUACACCUGCUCCCUUUUCUAAGCCCAGACCAGCCUCAGCCUCAACACUCACCCCUGCUCCUUUGCCCACGCCAGUCACAGAGAAAUCUGCCGCCGACUCCUCUCUCCCCAUCAUAUCGGGAAACACCCCCCCUACCAAUGCCCCACUCAAAACACCCACUGCACAUCCAUAUACCCCCGCACCUUCUUUGCCCUCCACUCCUGCCCCCGCACCCAUCACCCAGGACUGGGAUCCUCCCAGAGAGAGAGAGACGGUCCCCGCCUCCAGCCUGUUCAACCAUCCGGCUCACACAACCACCAUCCCCACACGCAAGCGAAAACGCAAGCCCCCACCCCUGAAAAAUAAGGUGCACCCCAACUUAGACAGGCACGGCUCCGGACACCCCAAAUCAUGAGGACAAACGGACAGAUGAAGAAGGGCAGAGGGGUAGAGGGGGAAAGGAGGAGAGAAUAAAUGUUGGGUUAAGGACGAGAGGAGGACAGGGACAGCGGGUUUUGUCCCAAGGUGCCGCUCUCUAAACCCAGGAAAGCAAUUUGGGUGAAAGCAGAAGAGACAGCGAUGUGACGAGAUGAGCAGUGAUCAAAUCCCAGCUCAGUUCACUCUGAAACAAGGUGCGGGUUCACCUGUGUUUAAGUGAGCUGCUUCAAACAGUCACGUCAAGGUCAACACUAAACUCAAACAGCACUCUCCCACCUUUCCUUUACGAUAAAACUAACCCCAUGCGACCCUGGUGGUCACAUGGGGUCACUGACAGGAACACACAAGCGUGUUCACCAGAGGACUUUGCCAACUGAAAGCAGACAAUUGGCAGUCAGUCUUUUUUUUUGUUCUAUGUAUAUAUCAGAAGAAAAAACCCCGGUGUGUUUCUCAAUUGUGUCGUCUUGUCUACGUGUGUUUAUAUUGUAAUAUUUCGGUUACCAUGGGUACAAGUGGCCUGUCUGAAAACGUGUCACGCGUUUUCGACCCAAAUUUGCAUGCAGGCACACACACACACACACACACUCUACACACGCACACAGAAAAUGAACACUGUAGGCACAGGUGUGCUAAUGGUAACACGUCAUACACUACAGCCACACUAACACACACACACACACUCACAGACUGUUGGGAUUCCCAGCAGCUUGUUUUUCAGGGUGCAGAUAUCAACAUCUCUCCAUACAGGUCCACUUGAGAGAUUAAAGACGAACGAGGAAUAGCAACUGAGUGUCGUUACGGAGUAAAAAAAUGAUUUUGCAUUCGCUUAUAUGAGGUAAAGACUAUUAACACAUCUUAAAGCUAUAAUGACGGAGUAUUUUAUUGAUUUUGUUCCAUAUGGUUGUGAUUUAAAAGCACUUUUGUUCAGAUGUAGAUUGUCUCGUCAGCGAAGGAGCGGAGUAAAAAAAUAAUAAGCUUGGUAUCCAGACCAAUAGAGGAAGCUUCACUCGUAUCGUCACUAUAAACGUUGCCAAAGCUUUUGUAUCAUUUAUGUAUCCUGAAUUGUUACCGUGCAGAGUAAUUAUUCAUUCAUUCAUUCAUUCAGUUUGUACUUAGCACUUUAUUUUCUGGUUGAGCUGAUAUACAACAUAUUUAACUCUCCCUGCGUCAAGUUUUCCUUCCAUUAUAGAGACGUGUUUGUAUUAUUAUUGAAUCAGUCGGUUUUGUAUUUGGUCUUUCGCUUGCGUCUCAUAUUUGUUUUUGUAAUGUUUUUGUCUUAUUGUGAUCAGUAUGAGGACACUACACUUCCAGUGUCCAGUGGCCUCAGAUCUCAGGGAACCCCCCCCUCCCCACCCCAUCACCUGGACAGACGACAAUAAAAACCAAAUAUGCUUUCUUCACUUAUCACAGAACAUGGUUUAGAAUUUGGCCAUUAGCCUCAAUAUCCAGCUGUGUGGAAUUUCAGCUGGUGUCAGUCAUAUGCCGGUCUCUUUUUUUUUGGGUUGGUUGUUGAACGAUAUGAAAGGGAAUUGAUCUUUCAAAAGGUAAUGCUAAUGGGACAUCCACAGAGGGCUCAAGGUCCUUUCUCCCUCCCUCUUCAAGGCUGGUGCCACCGUCACACAGCACGUUCAAUGUGAACCAUUUUGUGUCAAACCCAUUUUCACUUGACUUCGUUUCAGGAUCUCGCAAAAAAAAAACAAGCCCACGUUCCAUUCCUUUGUGUGUGUACAUGUGUGUAUAUAUUGGUGCUUCAUGGUGUAUAUAUUUUUGCUUCUCAUGAUCAGAAUUGUUUAAAAUGUUGCAGCAGCGUUUUCAUAAUGUCAAGCACUGGUGUUUUUACGAAUUCCAAAGAUUUACCUAUCUCCAGUGUGACUGAAGCACUUCAGCCAAAGCUAACAAUGUACUUACAUAUAAAGCGUUCUCCACAAUAAGCCAAACAUGAAACCACAGGAAGCCCAGCUGUUAACGCCUCCACACACGUACCUGCUUCAUGUGCACAGUAUGCAGCAAGAACCGUGCAAGAGCUCUUUGUCUUCAAGCUGCCUCGUGUUGUACAAUGCAUUUUUGUCUUAACAUAUUUUGUCUCUGCUUUUUUUUUUUUGUAUCAUCUUAUCGUGUAAUGUUUGCAGUUGUAGCACUUCUCAUGUUUUUGCACUUGACAAAGUCAAAUAAAGAGUUUGACAGCAAUGACGAGACGA